CUGUAAUACUGAACUUUCUUUCUGCUUGUCCUAAACAAAUGCAGGACUGAGAUCUAUCAACGUAGUAACAUGUCCUAAUAUGUCAUCAAAAUUCACACAACUUGUGUGUCUCUUGCUAAAUUGUCUAACAGUCUUUUUUUUUUGGAAUAUUAUGGUAGAAAAACGAAAAUGGAUUUGCUCCAUAUCUAAUUCUUUUCAAUUGGUUUAUUAUCUCUUUAUAGUUCAUAUUCCUGCAAUGACGGCGUAGCUAUGCAGUGCCUGGUGAUUUGAGUUAACUUACAAACUGACUGUAUACAAGGAUCACACAAAAUAAGGACAUGUGUAUAUGUAGUGUACGAGCAAGUUGCAAGAGUAUAAAGAAAUAAAAAAAUCUUAGCAUUACACAAGCGUUGCACAAGCAAUUCUUAAAAUUUACAAACAAGAGAAUUACAGAGAGUUAAUGGUCAUCGAUUAUACAGAUCAU